CUCGCUCGUCGGCGGCGGCGCAUUUCUGCCAGAAGCGCACAGCGAUGCGGUCUCUGAAACGGGGUCAGAAAAUAACCAAAUAUCCGCAAAGGCAGUGAAACGGCGCUCCGUGGCGGGUCGGAGGCGUGUUUUGAAGCUUUGUGGCCUUACAUGAGGAUGAAAUAAGACUGGUUUUGUAUGAAUAAGAAGCACUUUUUUUUCCCCGGAUCCUGGUUUUCCGUGAAGGGGACGCCACCCGACAUCCGCGUUUUCACUCCGCGCAGCGGGGUAUGAAAGGAUGAGCGCUUGAUUCUGAGCUUUCUUUGCUUUUUUACGGCACUACCUCGCCUUUUUUCCUCCAUAAGGCCUGUCUUUUUUAAAGGGGGGGCUCGCUAUGGUGGACUCAAAUGCGAUGAGGAAGACUUUCGUGGUCCCGGACCUGAAACCUUUGGAUCAGUACGACAUUAACCGAGCCAAGAUCUGCGCCAGUGUGGGCUGGCUGCUGGCGAAAUCUUACAGCAAUGCAGACAAUGUUCCAGUGGAGCUGCGAGACCCUUUCUAUCUUGACCAGUAUGAGCAGGAGCACCUGAAGCCCCCUGUGACGCGGCUGCUUCAGUCUCCCGAGCUCUACUGCCGAACCUAUGGCCUGUUGGUAGCUGGGGGCCCCGGGGCCAGCGGGACUCCAAAAGACAACGCCGUCCUCCUACAGACCCUCAGCCAAAAGGGCUUAACCCCUAGAGACCAGAACGUCCCAGUGACCGAAGCAGACCUCCGGCACAAACCUAUUAAAAUGAGCGCCCACUUAGCAGUGAUGGAUGCUUUAAUGGCGGUGGGAGCCAUGGAGACCGUGAGGGCGAGCGGAGGAGUGGAGAGACUCGGGGGAGAAGAUGACUGGGAGAGAACGCUGCUGCACUGGGUCAACACGUUAAACGAGAAGCUGAGGGAACGCACAGAGAGUGACCAAAGCCAGCAGAGUACAGAGCCACAGCCUGUUCAGGCCUCGUGUCCCACCCGCUGGUACUGGAAACUUGUUCCUCUCCGGUACAGGAAGGAUAAGCUGCUGUCUAAGCUCAAGCCCUGUUUUCCUGUCGUGAAUGAAGUGAAGGAUCUCUCUAAUGGCUGUGCCAUAGCUGCCGUCAUACACUACUACUGUCCUGGCCUGCUGCGCUUAGAAGAUAUUUGUAUGAAGGAAUCCAUGUCUUUGGCCGACAGUCUUUAUAAUCUUCAGCUUAUUCGUGAGUUCUGUGAAAGUUGUUUGAAGAGCUGCUGCCCCCUGGUGUUGGAGGACAUGAUCUACAGCCCACCUGAAUUACGGGUGAAUAUGCUGAGCUUUCUGGCAGAGCUCUUGUAUUGGUUUGAAGUGUCAAAGCCCGAGUUUGUUCAGCCUCUGAACGCCACGGAGCUCAAAGAGUCCUCUGGAAGGACAGAAAAUGGCAACAACGGUUCUGGCAGCAGCUCUCCCUCCUUAUUUAAAAAGCCUUUCUUGCCAAUAUCCCCUGCCACACCAAUUCCAGGCUCACUGACUCAGUCUACCUCAAUGUCUCAUGUAGAGGCAGCUGGACGAUCGUGGACUAAAAACCCUCUCAGUCGUCCCCUGUCAUCUGCUGUGUCCUUCAGUAUCCCCUUUGGUCUGGACAGUGAUGUGGACAUAGUCAUGGGUAACCCUGUCAUCAUGCGCUCUGUCAGCUCAGAUAACCUAAAUCCUGCGGGUCAGCCUGUGAAACGUGUCCAUUACACCCCUCCAGAGGACAUCAGCAGGUCUCCAGGACCUAACGGCCCCCAGCGUGCCUCUUGGGCCUCCCGCAGUCCUGCAGUGCCCCUCCUGGCCGAGGAGAAUGGACUUGACGCGGGCGACGCAGCUGGGUUGCCCACCAUUGAGGAAGCUUUGCAAAUCAUUCACAAUGAGGGAAAAAUGGAGCCUCGUUUACAUCCGGAUGGAGCGCCUGAUGGAUUCUAUUUGCACUCACCGGAGGACCCAGCCAGUCGUAGACAUAACGGUAGUCCUGCUAUCCUCAGCGGCUCCGCCCCUUCUAGUGCAGGAAUGCAGUACAGGCCAACGGGAAAUGCAAGCCGCACCAGACGUACAUCUGAUGGCUCACGGGAUGACGACUCUGUACUGAGAGAUGGCAGCGUGGACUCUGAUGCCUCUGAAGAUCUUCCAAAAACUCAAUCCACACCCACCACUCCUGCAGCUGGUGCCCGGGUGGCUAAUUCGUCUGGGCAAGAGACCCCAGACAGCGGUGUGAAGAUGACUAGCUUCGCUGAGCGUAAAAAGAAACUGGCACAGGACCAGCCCAUUCCCACCGAGGAACCACCGAUGACCACCUGGGCAGCUAAAAAGACACAGGAGAGCCCCAGCAAAAGCCCGGCGCUCACCAGUGAAAUGUCAGAGCUUGGGGCAAGACUGGAGGAGAAGCGCAAGGCUAUCGAGGCUCAGAAGAGGCGUAUCGAGGCCAUUUUUGCCAAGCAUCGACAGAGGCUGGGCAAGAGCGCCUUCUUGCAGCUGAAGAAAGAGCAGGAAGAGGGUGAUGACAAGGAAGAAGGUGCGGAGGAGGUCAGUGCAUCCUCUACAGAGGAAGACCUAAGACGCAUGUCAUUGGACGAGAGACUAGCACGCAUAGAGAGUGAUGAAGAAGGUGAUACGAAGCAGGAGAAGGAGCGCCCUCGAGAUGACGGGAAGGUACAAACUUCUGCACAGCAGACUUCUAAAGAAAAAACAGUGGCAGGAGCAUUGGGUGAGAAGACCAGUGUUCCGUUGGGUGAUUAUAACAAUGCGGUGUCAAAACUGAAUGCAGCUUUGAGCUCGCUGCAGAGUGAUAUGCAGCGCUUGUCUGAGCAGCAGAACCAGCUGUUGAAGAAGAAAAUCCCCCCUGCCAACCAAGCAUGGGUCAUCUCACCCAGCACGAAGAGCUCCACCGCAGCAGCACCUCCACGUCUGUCCAGGGAGUCAACUCGCGAUUUGAUACCCAACUCUGCCUCCUCAUCACCUUCUCCAUCUCGCAGAAUAAGCGCUCAAGCAAUUCCCCCGAAAUCGCCUGGCUCCCACCGCCGGGCUCAGUCUGCACCUCCAAAAAGCCCCAAAACUCAGCACCACUCAAGGUCCGCAGAUCCAAAGACGCCCGCGCUCACCCGGGUCAUCACGGCUCCACAGAGUGUGGACAAUAUCCCUCAUCGACGGAAAGUAUCCCCUUGGCAAUACAGAGACCAGACUUCAUCUUCUUUCAGCAUCGGCUCGCCAGUCCCCCAGAGUGACUCCCGUCCUCCCUCUCGACCCCUCAGCGAGGACCCCAGUGACGACCAAACCGUCUUCAGCCUGGAACUAGAGGGAGGCUCCAACCAUUUUCCGGGCAGGAAGGAACAGCAAGGAGGCAGCAGCUCAGGUGCUCCAUCAGAGUGUUCCUUUGAAAGCGACAUCCCAGCAUCAGCCUUCACCCGCAAACACAGCAGUCUGAUCGAGAUCCCUCUGUCCUCUCUGAGAGGGCUGGACGGAGAGGAUGCUGAACAUGGCCCUGACGCCGCCUCUGACUCCAUGAGCGACCACACAGAGCCGGAGAUGAAGGGUGGCGUCGGCUUUUUCUUUAAGCAGGAUGAGGCUCGACCAGAGGACGAGAUGGCUCAGAGGAGAGCUGCACUGCUGGAAAAGCAGCAAAAGCGAGCAGAGGAAAUGAAGAGGAAGAGACAGGAGCAGGAACGAGAGAGGGAGGCGAGACGCAAUUCUGUGGAUGAGCUCGAGCGACCCCGGACGCCCUGCACGCCUCCCCCAGCACGCACUCCUCCCGCAGCACGCACUCCUCCACCAGCGCAAACUCCUCCUCCUGAUGGAACUCAGUACCGACGCGGAGUCUUUACUCGGCAAGAGUACGAACGGCGCCAUCAGCUCAAGAUCAUGGAAGACCUGGACAAGGUGCUGCGCCAGAAACCCACCACCGUCCGAGGUGUCAAGAAACAGCGGCCCAAAACGGUGUUCCGGGACGAUUCGGGCCUCUCUCGCAGCCCAGCUAAAGGGUUGCUGGGUUCUAGACUGAAUAAAGUGUAUUCUCACUCCACUAUGAACCUGUCCUCCAUGGCCAAUGAUAGUGGGACACUUACCAUCAGGAAAUCCCCAAGUCGCUCUCACUCUCCGUCACGACUGAUGUCUCCGGGCCGUGUGGCCACACAGAAUGGUGAUAAGGACUGGGAGAAUGCAUCCACACUUUCUUCUCCAGCUUCCAUCCCUGAGUACACUGGACCCAAACUGUUUAAAGAGCCAAGCUUCAAAUCCAACAAGUUCAUUAUCCAUAAUGCCAUCUCACGCUGCUGUUUGGCAGGCAAGGUCAAUGAACCGCAGAAAAACAAGAUCAUUGAGGAAAUGGAGAAGAGCAAUGCCAACCACUUCCUCAUCCUCUUCCGGGAUUCGAGCUGCCAAUUCCGGGCAGUUUACACCAUGAACCCAGAGACAGAGGAACUGGUGCGUUUGACUGGCAUUGGCCCACGGAUCAUCAGCCUCUCCAUGGUCGAGUCUAUCUACAAAUACAGCUCUGACCGCAAGCAGUUCUCGGUCAUCCCGUCCAAAACCAUGUCCAUGAGUGUGGACGCUUUCACCAUCCCCAGCCAACUGUGGCAGACCAAGCGGCCCGGGACGCCCAAAAAGCUCGGAACACCAAAGUGAAGCAGACGGAGAAUCUGAGAUGGCCCAAAUCUUUUCUCCCCUCUCCUCUAGUGGCAGAAUGGUUCAGAGUCGGAGCUGGUGUGACUCCAGGAGAGUGGGAGAGUUCAAAUUGUGUGGCAGUGAUAGAAAAUCCUCAGAGACUUAUUAGCGAACCUUGCAGAACACCUCUGUGUGCAUUUGCUCCAGAUUUAAAAAUCAAAGAAGGAAGAAUGCCAUUUUUUUCCAAGCCGUCACAACUCCAACAGCUGGCCAACUGGAAUAUCUUGUACAAAACUCCUGUAUGUGUGUACUUUUCAUGCUUAAACUGUAGAUGAAGUGACCAUCUACAGUUCUUCCAUUCCAUCCUUUUAGUAUGAGCUUAUUCCGUCAUCUCAGAUCACCAGUGUGGGAUGAAGCACUAACACCAACACUAAACUCGCUGCUUUGCAGAAUUAAACCAGAGCAUAGUCUCUGCCACCUCUUUUAUAUACCUUUCUCUUUUCCUUCUCCCCUUUUGCUUCCUGUUUUGCUCUAAUCUCAAAACAGACCUAAAACUAGACUAUGAAUGUAGGGCACAAGCCAGCCAAGGGCUUCUCAUUUUGUCUUUCGUCAUGCGGGACUGGGAUUUAGAAAUCUUCCAUGAUUUAAGGUACUUGUUUAUGCUCCUGUGCCUCUUGCUAACUGUCUGAAAUGUGAAGUACGUGCCUCUCACUCACACACUCACUCUCCUCUGCCUAGCCAUUACUCUUACUUAAAGUAGGUGUCUGGAUGUUUGUUUGUUUUUUUAAAUAUCUACUUCUUUUGCUAGAUUUCAGUAUAUCUGAGUAGACCUCACGGGCCUCAGGUGAGCUUCAUUUCCACUUCAGUUUAUUAAGAACGAAUGGACAACAACCAAUACAAGAUGUGCUUUUACAUUAAUAAUAAGGUAUUUCUACUCUACUCGUCUGUAAUUAAAAAAAAAAGUAGGGGAAAAAAAGAAUCAGCGAUUAUGUAAUGUAUAUUAUGAAAGCUGUUAAUGAUUUUUUUUUUUCAUUUUUGACAAUGAUUUGUAUAUGGCGAAGAGAACAUUUGUAAGAUAUGAAUAAGCUGCCGUGUGGCUUCAGCGUUAGCAGUUCUGUGUGUGUGUGUGUGUGUGUGUGUGUGUGUGUGUGUGUGAGAGUGAAAGAAUGAGUGAUGAGAACUAACAGAGAGAGGAGAAGAUUAAAAAAUAAAGAUUGAACAUCUGCAGAAAUGUGAUUUCUCUUAUUUAAAGGUUGAAAAGUACUUCUCUGUGAGCGAACAUAGAGCAGGCAACGAUGGAUAAAAAUAUUAUUAUUAGAUUGAUGCUGGUGUCUCAAAAUUCGACAGUGAUAGCGAGAACAAGCUCAAAUCAGUGUAUGUUGGCCUUAUUCAUUUCGGGCAUGGUGCGAGUGGCCCACUUUUCUGUAGCCAGAGGGCAUGUGGUCUGUUUUUCCUCUGAAAACCUGAUCUAAGCACUAGAACAAGUCUACUGCCUCCCGUUUGUGUCAGCCAUUCGCAGAUCUGAAGUGAAGAUGUGAAUAUUUUUGUACAGAGAAACGUUGUGAAGGUGUUGAAUAAGUGUAUAAUUAUGUAAAGUGAAUGGUGUGUGUGUGUGUGUGUUUGUGUGUUGGUCCAUAUGAGAGAGUGAUAUAUUGAUAAAACUGGAGUCAGUGCAAUUGUCCUGUAGAAUGUUAUGUUGGCAAAGGUUUAUUUAUUAGGAAGGGACUAGCUGGAAUUAUUAUUUUCUUUAUUGUUUUGUUUCAGAUUUUAUUAUUUAUGUCAUGGUAAGACGGUGAAUCACAUUUAUUUCGUACUUUAAAGGCACAUUGGCCAUUUUCUUUUGUUAUGUCACCAUGUCUGUCAGUCCAAUCGUUCUGUCCUGCCUGAUUGUUCAUCAUUACAGAUCCAUCAGCUGGAGCGACUGGAUCUGAUUAAUAAAAUCAUUUUUAAAUCA